AUGGUUAACAAUUAUUAUUUUGUUAUUGAUGCAUCCGCUUUUGAAAAAGGUUUAGGGAAUAUUAAAAAAUGGGAUCAAUGGUUAAAUAGUAGAAAAAACACUCAAAAGAAAUCAAAGAAAGUACAUAUUCAGUUAUAUGUUCCAACGUUUACUGUAGGAGAAUUAGAAUUCUUGCAAUUUAGGAGAAGAAGCAAUAAUGCUAGAGAGGCUUUGAAGUUCAUUGAACAACAUAACUUGAAAAACAGUUUAGUUGCUAAUCAGAUACAAGACGAAGCAUCUUUAGAGAUUAUUAUGGAGUAUCAAGAUAUCUUGAGUACUAUUCCAUGGUCUGAAGUUAAUAUUCAUCAUAUUGACAGAUUGAAUAAGAUUCCUAAAAGAUUUAAAGAUUUAUUAAAAAGUUGUGCUUACAAAUGCCGUUUGUCAAAUGACGCAUUUGAACUACAAGUAGAAGAGCUAUAUGAUGAUAUUAUUGAAGUAGAAGAUGUAGAUGUUUCCUCCACGAAGAAUAAUGUUAAAAGGGAUAAACGUAUAGAAGAUUCUGAGGAUAAUAAGUUGAUACAUAAGGAAGUUGAUAAUAACUUUAAUUCAAAAGGUCGUUGGAUUCUUAUUACGGAAGAUUCAGAAGUAAGACAAUUUGCUGAUCUCUGUGAUAUUCCACAUUGUUCCAUAGUUCAGGUCGAUUCUUUAUUAUCCAAGGAUCUUAAUGACAAAACCUUUAAAGAUACUAGAAGAUUUAAUGAUCUAGUGUUAAGAAGUGGGAUUAAGCAGGUUUCUAGUGAUGGUAACGAUAUUGUAAAAACCAAAUUUAAAAAGACUAUUUAUGCUUCAAGAGGAAGUGGUAAAUUAUGGACACCAUAA